UCUACUCUUAUAAUGGGAUACUUUCGUUCAGGAGCAGUCAUGCUAGUCCCUAUGUUUCUUCCUCUUCCGAGCAGAGGUUUCCUUAAACACCUCCUUAAUGGUCAUCUAGUGGUCCUGCACUCCCACAAUUUAUGUUUCUCUGAGACCAUAUUUCUCCUUUUAUUCUGGAGGGUAAUUUUGCUGUGUAUACUAAUCUUGGUGGAAAGUUGUUUUCUUUGGGAAUUUGAAAGGCAUCAUCAGUGCCCUUCUGUCCUUGAAAGUUUCACAUGAAGUGACAAUCAUCUGUCUGGACCUGGUGGGUGGAUUCAAAGAAGGGUGGAGGAGGAAGGCACAGGACACGACGCUCCUGGGAAGAUGCUCCUUAGAUCUGGGUUGCAGCCAGGAGAGCCUUAGGGCAAUCAGACUGCAGCCACCAGGAGGACCCCUCUGUCCCUAAAGCCCACCAGAGAUUCCGGCACAGAAAAGCCUCAGAUUAGGUCCUCCGGUAGUCCUGUAGUGUUAGAGGUUGAUUGAGUCCCACACCCUGUGUGACCCCCCCACGGGACGGAAGCACCACUGUAUUUAAAAAGAGCUGAGAAGAAAGAAGUGUUUAGUCGCCAGCUGGAGACUAACGGAUGCUCAGCUGCACUACAUCCAGCAUGCCCGGGAUGAUCUGCAAGAACUCGGACCUGGAGUUUGACUCGCUGAAACCCUGCUUCUAUCCGGAAGAAGAUGACGUCUACUUUGGCGGUCGCAACUCCACGCCUCCGGGGGAGGACAUCUGGAAGAAGUUUGAACUGUUGCCUACGCCUCGGUUGUCACCCAGCCGCGCUUUAGCGGAGCACAGCCAGGAGCCGGUGAACUGGGCUACCGAGAUGCUGCUGCCUGAGGCCGACCUAGGGGGUAACCCGACCGAGGAGGAUGUUUUUGGCCUGGGAGGACUCUGUGGCCUCAGCAACAACCCGGUCAUCCUUCAGGACUGCAUGUGGAGUGGUUUCUCCACCCGGGGGAAGCUGGAGAGUGCGGUAAGCAAAAAGCUGCCAAACGGCUCUGGGUCCCUGCCCGCCGGCCGCAGCACCUCGGCCCCUAGAGCGACUGCUGCAGCCAGCUCUGCGGGCCACGCGCGCAGCGGAACAGCAAGUGUGGGGCGUGGGAAAGCCGCCUGGCUCACAGAGCUUGCCCACCUGGACUCAGAGUGCAUGGACCCCGCUGUGGUCUUCUUCCCAGCGAACAAGCGCCAGUGGGUGCCCGUACCGGCCAUCCCCGCCAGUGCUGGCGCUGCCGGCACUGCAGUCAGCCGUGGUAACCGCCAGGCCUCCAGCACCCCCAGAGAGAACAUCCUGAGCAACUCAGGUACUGAGAAAAAAGAUGAAGAGGAAAUCGAUGUGGUCACGGUGGAGGAGACCCAGUCCUCCAAGACUGUCUCCAGGCUCCCCACCGCGGCGCGUCCUGGGAACGCAGCUCUGGGCCCCGGGCGCGCGCAGUCCAGCGAGUUGAUCUUCAAGCGCUGCGUCCUCAUUCAUGAGCAGCACAACUACGCUGCGCCACCGUUGCCCUGUGUGCACAGCGAGGACGCGCCGCCGCACAAGAAGCUCAAGAGCCAGGCUUCACUACGGCCCCUCAAGUGCAUCCUCCCACAGAAGCCUACAAGAGUGGCUCCCCGCAACUCAGAGUUGCAGGACAUGGAGCGUCGCCUCAACCACAAUAUGAUGGAGCGCCAACGCCGUGACAAUAUGCGCUCCAGCUUCCUGAUCCUCAGGGACCUUGUGCCUGAGCUGGUGCACAAUGAGAAGGCAGCCAAAGUGGUCAUUCUGAAAAAGGCCACCGAGUACAUUCGCACCCUGCAGGCUGAUGAGUACAAGCUCCUGAUGGAAAGGGAGAUACUGCGCGCAAGACAACAGCAGUUGCUGCGGAAAAUCAAAUACCCUGAGAUAUACUAAAUGUUUCUGAAAUGGACAGUUAUUGCUACUUUGCACAUGUUGACUUGAAAAAAAGAAUGUUGGUUUACCUUCAUAUUGGCCCCUUGUCAAGUUUUAAGCUGGAUAGGGGCAACCCAUGCAGUUCUAGUGGGGCCUUGGAAAGUCUAGGAAUAGGAUGCUAGGUGACUUCUUUCUUUCCUUCAAUCGCAGUGAUGGUCAUGAAGGUUCAGGAUAGUUGGGAACCUUGGAAGGCUGUUGAAGUCGUGUUUACUCCAAGUUUCCAGAGUCACUUCUUUUACAGGAGUCAUUACAUUCCAAUAGAUGCCACAGAAAGGGAGUCCUCUUUGGAUGUCCCUGGGGGAAUAUUUCUGUAAAUUCCAUCGACUCGCCCACCAAGAGGUCAGUAUUACACUGGAAGUUCACACCUUAGUAUCGUAAUAACACCUCAAUGUUUGAGGAGCAUGUUUUGUAUACAGAUAUAUUGUCAAUCUCUGUUACGUACUGUACUAAUUCUUACACUGUCUGUGGUGUAUUUUAGUAUGAUGCUGAUACGUAACUAAAUUUGAUAUUUAUGUUUACAUAUGAAAAUGAAGAGUGAAGGUUUUUAGGAGAUAAGACUUUAUCGCUUUUUCAAAUUAAGAAACUUUUUAAAGAAAUUAUAUAUGUAUAUGUAUAUUCCCUUUUCUCCAAGUCUUUCUGUAAGUGUAUUUGUUCAUGUGUGAUGUGUACAAAUGAGUGAAUGCAAAGUUGUGUGCUUAAUUUCUACAAAAUAUGUGCCCUUUGAAAUACCUCAUGUUGUUAUGAAAUAAAUAGCAAUUGAAUGAUUUUUGAAAGAAAUUUCCUGGUGAGAGAAAUGCUUUUUCAACUAAUUAAC